UCCACUUACAGUUCUAACUGCAGUCCUGGACUGAGACAGUCCGGGACUGCAGUUAGAACUGUAAGUGGAUGGGGAAUCCGGCAGGCGAAUCGUUGGACUGUCAACUGUCGCACGGUGCGACAGUUCAACGAUCGGACUGCAGGCGGAACUGCUAGUUAGUGGAGGCUCCCGUGACAGGCCACAGUCGACAGUCCAAGCUGCGAGAUAUGCGCAUGCGCUAGCUCAGCUGCUCCGUGUCGGCCUCAUGCGUCAUUGAGUGGUGAGCGUUUGGUGGUUGCGCAUUGUUUUGUUUGUGACGCGGCAAUCAUGGCCAGUUGGUCGAAGGAUAAUCUUUUACAGUUUAUAGAGGAGUUUAGGAAACAUGAAUGUGUAUGGAAGGUUAAGUCAAAAGACUAUCACAAUAGGGAAAAGAAGGAAGCAGCCCACCGUAGUUUACUAUUAGUAGUGAAAGGGUUUGACAGUACUGCAACAAAAAGCGAUGUGUUGAAGAAGAUAAACAAUAUCAGAAGUGCAUUUCGUAAGGAACAAAGAAAGGUAACAGCCUCUCAACGUUCUGGCAGUGGUACAGACGAUAUAUAUGUACCAAAGCUGUGGUACUACAGAGAACUUUUGUUUCUUAUUGACCAGGAAGAAUGUCUAGGAGGGACUUCCAACUUAGGAGAAGGAAGAGUCAGUGAAGACGAGGAGAUGCUGGACGAUUCACAAAAAGAACCAUUAGAUGCUGAGGAAAAUGUACCAGCGCCCCAAUCUCUACAGAAUCCUCCUCAAGUUGCUCGAACCGCUUCCAAUAUUACCUCUGCAACACCUGAACCUAAAGAUUCUUUUAAACGGCAAAAAAAAUUGUCCCCGUGUGAUCAAGUCUUGGUUAAUAUUGGACAACGACUGGCAACAACAAAAGAAGAAGAUCACUACGACGCCUUUGGGAAGAACGUUGCUCAAAAGCUGAGAUUGCUGAACAAUGAGCAAAGGAUUUAUGCGCAGAAAAUCAUUAAUGAUGCCCUGUUUGAAGCAGAACUAGGUGGACUAACACGAUUUGCUACAGUUAACCCAGGUAUUCUUUACUCAAGUUCCACAACACCAUCGGCAGCUAGUGUUACCCCAAGUUCAGGAGGUAGAUCAACCUAUGAACCAAUGUAUGAUGAUACAGCAAUGUCUGGCUUCAGUGUCAACUAUACAAAUCUAAAUUAAGUGUUCUAUUAUUAACAAGUAGGCUUAAACCUGUAAACUUUUCACAACCCAAGCUGUGCGGUUUUUUUAGUAGGCCUACUCCAGUAGUUGAGUACAUUGAGAGUUAUAUGUUGAACAAAUUACAUUUAUUAUUUUUUUUUUGUUUGUGGUGAAAAUAUUUUGCACUCAAUUAAAAUUACACUUUAAUCUUUAUUCAUAUGCGGUACUGUUGUGAGCUGCCAUGUGUUUGUAAUACUAGAUUGCAAUGUUAUGUUUGACAGUGUCAUAGUUUUUAUAAUUAUUACUUUACUCAUUUGUGGUUAAACAUACACCAUAGGUACGUAUUACUUUUUAUCUUUAUACUUACAUUAAUUA